GAUCUCAGCAUUUAAAAAAUCCGAAAAAAAUGAUCAGAGUAAUUUGGUUUCUUAUAUUAACCUUUUUAAUCGGUGAAGCAUUCCUUUUAAACAAUAUUCCCGAAACAACAGAAGGAGAGCCUGUUUUGGAUGAUGCAGAAACUAAAUUUUCAUCACACUAUCUCAAUAGCUUAGACCAUAAAAUCGAUACGAUGGUGCAAACACUUUCUGCCGUGGAUACAUCAAUUAAACAGCUUCAGGAGAAAGCACACACUUGGGCAAUAUUUCAUCAUCACAUCGAUUCAUGGAAUGACCAAAUGAAAACAAUAGAACAUAAAAUCGAUUUGAUCAAGCGGACACAGGAUGAGAAUCAGAUAGUGAAUCAAAAACUGACAUCUCAAGAGUUCACCUUGAAUCACAUACUUUCCAAGUUAGUGUAUUUGAGCGACGGUUGCUACCAUGGUGAAAAUGAAAACACAAGGUUUCGUAAUAAUGGUGAAAAUGGUUUGGGUGAAAUAAAGAAACUUAUAAAUGGUGAUCGUAAGAUGCGCAAUGAAAUAGGGACACGCCUGAGUAAUAUCUUGCGGCAUGUGCAAAAUAUUGAGAGAGAUAGCUGCAAAAGUUUUAAAUCGAAUGUCCAAAAUAAUGAAAUGAAAAUGGCAAAACUCGUCCAUCCCAUUAUGCAGUGCAAUGGAACAAAAUUAAAUGGGAAAAAUGAUUUGAAAGAUAUUGAAAAGAAACUUAACCAAAUAAUCGACAUUAUCCCCCGACAUGAAUUCAAACAAGUUUUUGAUAACAAUCAAAAGAAUUCAAGGAAGUGGGAAGAGACUGCUGAGUUGUUAGAGAGAAUCGAUGAGCGUACUGUUAGACUGUUUGAUACGAAUGCGGAAAAUAGCUUGAAGCUGUCAAAUUUGUGUCAAUCUAUGUCAAGUGAAAUAACCACGUUUACAGGAAGUUCAGAUUUGCUACUGAAGAAAAUAGAAAAACUUGUGAUGGAUGUUCAGAAAUGGGUUGACAAGCUUAAUGAUAGAGAUGAAAACCGAACUGAUACUUCUGGUGUGGGAACUGAGUUCACAGACCACAAAACAGAUGAUGAAACUAACAGUAAUGAGAGUGCAGAAAAAAUGGAUGAAAAUGAAGGAAUUCUAAAAGGGAUUCAAAAUUCAAGAGAAGACGUUGAAGAAAUUGACGAUAAUAAUGGCGAUGAAAGUGAAGAACCUAAAGAAGAAAUCAAUUUCGUGCAACCAUUGAAAACUGGCUGUCAUGAGCUCACCAAUCGUGUAGAUGGCAUUUACAAAUUCUCAGUACCGAAACUUAACGAAGCUGGACGUGAUAUGAAUGAACAAUAUUGCGUAUUCUCAACUGCGGGACCUGCGUGGACUGUCAUUCAAAACCGUGGACCAUAUGUUGUUCAGGAAAAUUUUAAUCGUUCAUGGAAUGAGUAUCGUGGUGGAUUUGGUAGUUUAGAGAAAGAUUUUUGGAUAGGGAAUGAAUUCAUCCAUCAACUGUCUUACAUCGAGAACUAUGAACUACGAAUUGAAGUGGAAGAUUUUGACAAUGUUAAGGCAUGGGUUGAAUAUUCCACAUUUCGGAUUGAUUCGGAGGAAAACAACUACAAUUUAAUAAUCGAUGGCUUUCGUGGUGCAAUUGCUGAUGGCAUGACCUAUCACAAUCACCAAGACUUCAGCACCUACGAUCGAAGAAAUGACAAGACUGUUGACGCAUGCUGUGCUUGUGCUACUGCGUAUGCUAGUGGAUGGUGGUUUAAGAAUUGUGCUGAAGCUAAUUUGAACGGGGUUUUUCAUGAAAAUCCUGAGGGGCAUAAUAGCGUUGGAAUCGUUUGGGACCCAUGGCAUCAUGAUUACUCACUUAGAAGUUCAAAAAUGAUGCUACGUCCAACAGUUUGGUCAAAAGAUGUAGAAAUGCAGUCCAAUAAUGGACAACCUGAAGACCCAUAAAUU